AUGGCUUCCUUUUUCUUGUCCUUACUAGUUUUGUUCCUUAAUGUUCUUAUCAUUCUUCCACAUGGUCUUGCUGAUGAUUACCUAUUCCAACCAAACGGAAAAGGUAGGAAUGGAAAACCCUCAAUUCCAAUGCCACCUGUUAAAACACCACCCAUUCAAAAACCAGAAAAAAUAAAACGACCAAAUGAAAAAGUACCAAUUAAAAAACCAGGAAAUAAAAAACCACCAAUUAAAAAACCACCAAUUGAAAAACAACCAAUUGAAAAACAACCAAUUGAAGACCCACCAACUGAAGACCCACCAAUUAAUAAAGAACAAUUAUUCUGA